AUGAUAAGAAUAUCGCCUAGGACACUAUUGCGGGAAUGCAAGACAGGAGUAGAACCUAUAGCCAUUUCUGGCGUUUCGCGUCACAUCGUCCGCUUAUCAAACCGUGGGCUGUUGACAAGAGCUCAUACUGUUGGGCCCAGUGAGCCACCACUUCUGGAACAAACCAUCAGUGAGAACUUUGCCGAUAUAGUUAGCCGUCAUGGAGAUCGACCAGCGGUUCAUUCCCGUCAUCAGCAGAAGACCCUGUCGUAUGCCGAUCUGGACCGGCAGAGCAGCGAGAUAGCGCGAGGUCUGGUGAAAAGAGGUAUCAAGAAAGGCGAUAGAGUGGCCGUGUUUCUAGGAAACAACAUUGAAUUUGCAGUAAUCACAUAUUCGCUCUAUAAACUUGGAGCAAUCCUCGUACCCCUGAAUCCUGCCUUCAAUGUCACCCAAGUCAUUGCUGCACUUACCCACCUCUCAGCAACACAACUCGUCGUUGGUCUCGAAACAAAUCUACCACGCAAAGAGCCAAGGUCUAACAUUCCUAUGCUACAGCAGAUGAUCCCAGGUAUUACAUCGUCAAGGUUGGAGUCAGAGCUCGUCCCUUCUUUGAAAAGUGUUGUAUUUGUCGAUAAUUCACAGGGUCGCAUAGAUACAGAUAAGUUUAGAUCUCUAACGCCCUGGGGCCAGGUAGAAGAGGAUGGCGGCCGGUACGAUGUCUUGCUCACCUCAGAGCUUGAUCCCAGCGAGACAGUGAACAUCCAGUUCACCAGUGGGACAACCAGUACGCCGAAGGCGGCAUGUUUGUCUCAUAGAAACAUUCUAAACAAUGGUAAGGCUAUCGGAGAUCGGAUGCUUCUUACCGAGAAGGAUGUUGUAUGCUGUCCGCCUCCUCUUUUCCAUUGCUUUGGCAGCGUGUUGGGAUAUCAGGCGACUGCAACCCACGGCUCCAGCAUCGUGUUCCCGACUGAAGCCUUCGAUCCUCUUGCGACUCUCAGAUCAGUGCAAGAGUACCGCGCUACUGCACUAUAUGGUGUACCCACGAUGUUCACAGCCUGCCUGGAAUUGCUUGCCGAUGGCACAAUUCUUCACGAGGGCUUUCAAUAUCUGCGCACCGGAAUUGCAGCGGGUUCCCCGGUACCUUCCGAGCUCAUGAAGAAACUCCAUAUGGUGCUCAAUCUCACAGAUCUUACAAUAUGUUAUGGUAUGACAGAGACCUCGCCGGUGAGUUGCCAGACAACGACAGAUGACCCUCUAGAAAGGCGUAUUGACAGCGUCGGUCGGCCGCUGUCUCAUGUCGAGGCGAAGAUUGUGGAUCCCAGCGACUGGUCAAAAACCUUAGGUGUUGAUGAGCGAGGAGAAUUGGCUGUUAGUGGUUAUAACGUUAUGGGUGGAUACUGGCGGGAUGAUAUACGGACGAAAGAGGUUCUCGUGCCUGACGAGAUGGGAAAGAUGUGGAUGCAUACUGGUGACGAGGCUUCUAUGUCCCCCGAUGGCUACGUGCGUAUUACAGGCCGUAUUAAAGACAUUAUUAUCCGUGGCGGUGAGAAUAUCCAUCCACUUGAGAUAGAAAAUUGUCUCUUCGCACAUCCAUCAAUAUCUGAGGUUUCGGUUGUCGGGAUGCCUGACGAACACUACGGUGAAGCUGUAGCAGCCUUUAUAGUACCCAACUCUCGUUCCUCUGAAGCGCUGCACGCGAGUGAUAGGGAGGGGAAAGACCCGACAGCUGAAGAAGUGAGGACAUGGGUCCGAGAGCGAUUAAGCCAUCAUUUAGUACCAAAGUACGUGUUCUGGGCAGAAGACUUUGGCGAGUUUCCGAAGACACCGAGUGGGAAGAUACAAAAAUACAAGCUAAGAGACCAGGGAAUCGGGUUAAUUAAGUCUAUGGCAAAAUCCGUAUAAUAAUAUAAGAUCCCUCCAUUCUUGUCUAGUAUUUAUAUUAUAUUAUAACUAUAGUCUAGACUAUUGAAAUAAAAAUAUUUAUAAC